GCAGUAAAAUGGACGAGAAGAAAGAGUUUAUUCACGCCAAGUACAUCAAACACCAGUACGCACAGAAAUCGGGAGAAAGCCCCGAGAAGGUGUUGCAGGAGCUGCACCAGGCGGUCAAGUCACGUGAUAUUCUGGCCGUGUUGCAAGGGUUCGGCGAGGGAGUGGACCUGAGUGCGACGCUACCAGGAUCGACGAAAUGGAACACUGCACUUCACGAGGCAGUUGAACAAGAAGACCUUACUUCUCUACACAUCGUCGACUUUCUAGCGCAGAACGGGUACGAUUAG